CCGUCGGUCCUUAUCUUCCGUACUAUCGAAGGAUUUGGAGAUAGGUAGCGUUCAUCCUGCGAGUCAACUUGCCAGCAAGCGAGGAAAUCUACUUAGUAUUAAGGUGUCAUAAUAAAUCCUUAAUAUGGUUAAUUUGCACAAAGGCCACAAACGAAAGGAGGGAACGGAUGUUGGGAAAAUUAUUCACCAGAUGAAGCACACUUCGGUUAUAAGAAGCAUAAUGAUGUCCUCAUUAACUGCAGUCGUCACCCUUGUCUUAGCCUUUGCUAUCUUUAACUAUAUGGAAACCGGUGUUCCCGAAGGAGUUCCAGAAGUCUGGAACGCUCGGAUCUUAGACACAUCUCUUCGGACAAUGGGGAAAGUUAUAUUAACCUUGAACAAUUUUGGAGUUCAUGGUGGAGUCACUUGGUGGACUAGAAAGAUGGUGGAGAUCAUGCUGACUACUCUUAUAACCGGAAGUCCUCGUGGCCUUGGUGAUGACCCGGAACUAAAGAUAUAUGAUACAAAGAUGGCUGAUGUAGACGUUAGAGUUUAUGAACCAACAAAUGGAAAGAAAUCUGAUCGUCCAGCACUGGUGUACUACCAUGGGGGUGGAUGGUCGUGGCUUUCUAUUGACGUUUAUGACCAAGCGACUAGACAACUUGCAAAAGGAGUUGGAAUGGUUGUCGUGUCCGUUGGGUAUCGUCAGUCCCCAGAAUAUGCACAUCCCAUACCUUUCCAAGACUGCCUUGACGUCACUGAACACGUGAUUAAUAAUGGAAAAGACCUAGGAAUUGAUAGUGCGCGUGUAGCAAUAUCUGGCGACAGUGCCGGUGGUCAUUUAUCGGCUGCCGUAUCUCUGCGCUUAAAGAAGAAGAUAAAAAUCCAGAUUCCUAUUUAUCCGUGUCUUCAGUUGUUCGAUAUGCAAACGCCAUCAUAUAUAGAAAACAAGGACUAUAUUCCGGGAAUGUUAACAGACAUAUCCAUGUUAACUUAUUGGCUGAACUACGCUAACAUCAGUUAUGACCAUAUUGACACAAUAAUGGCUAAUAAGCAUACUUCACCAGCCUUGAAAAAAUCUAAAUACGCUGAUUACGUCUCGCCUAAGUGGUACAUGAAGGAACAUAUCAGGACUGAGUCUCUUCGUAAUAUGAAGAAACCGACUGAUUUUGGGGACGAGGAACUUUCUAAACAAAUAGAAAAAACUCUUCUCGAUCCAUAUUUUUCUCCACUUAUGGCGGAUGAUUUUGACUUGAAAGAUCUUCCUUUUACUUAUGUUCUAACAGCAGGAUAUGAUGUGUUACGUGAAGAUGGUUUGAUAUACUAUCAAAGACUAAAAAGGGCAGGUGUUAAAGUCCAUUUAGCUCAUUACCAGGAAGGGUUUCAUGGGAUGAUAUUUUUCUUUAAAGGACCAAUUCCUUUUAAUGUUGGAAUACGUGCCAUGGACGAUUUGAUACAAUUUUUGAAGAAGAAUCUCUAACAAGAAUUGUCUUAGGAUUUUCAAAUUCGAUAUCUUUGCAAUAAAUGUAUCAAAAUUUUGUUCAUAUGGAAAGAAAAAGGUGUAAUAAACUGUUUUACAAUUUCAUAGCACAAAA